CGGUGGGUGUCAGAUCCGCCGCUGGCGACAGCAGAAGGCUCUGCGACUAUUGUCAAGGCUCCUCCAGCCAGUUCAAUUCCUCAUCCUUCCCAGCCUUCCAAGCUUUCCCUCCAACCCCUCCUUCCUGCAACCUAAGCCCCCAUCCGUAGGAUCUGCUAGCUCCUAAGCUUGGACCUGCAGGCUUCAACGUAUCUCGUAGCCGACUACUUCGCUUUUGUCUCGUCAUCGCUUUGUAUUGCCAGGUUUAAGUUUAGCUUCGGCUGGGGAAGGGCCCACGAUGGCCUCGAAAAGGAUUCUUAAGGAGCUGAAAGAUCUUCAGAGAGAUCCUCCUACAUCAUGCAGUGCUGGCCCAGUCGCCGAAGACAUGUUUCACUGGCAAGCAACAAUUAUGGGUCCUCCAGAUAGUCCUUACGCCGGUGGCGUCUUUCUGGUUACCAUACACUUUCCUCCCGACUACCCUUUUAAGCCUCCCAAGGUCGCCUUUAGGACGAAGGUGUUUCAUCCCAACAUCAACAGUAACGGGAGCAUUUGUUUGGACAUUUUGAAGGAGCAGUGGAGUCCCGCCUUGACCAUCUCUAAGGUUCUUUUGUCGAUUUGCUCCAUGUUGACGGAUCCGAACCCAGAUGAUCCUCUGGUUCCUGAAAUCGCCCACAUGUAUAAGACAGACAGGCAAAAGUAUGAAGCAACUGCACGUACUUGGACAGCCAAGUAUGCCAUGGGCUAGCCUUUCACAAAACGAGGGGGUCCUCCCUUUCUUUUGUAAAUCUAAGGCCCCUUGCUCCUGCAUCAGUCAUUCUAUGAACGGAACGGAAGUGUGUGUCCUCUUCAUGUGUUCUCUGGUCCGUUGGACUAUUGACAAGCAAGCAGAAUGGUAUGACAUCAGUUUCCCAUCCCAACUCCCAGGCUAUAUUUUUUAAUGUGCGAUGUGAUUAUGGAAGUAGUUGAGCAAUGAAAGACACUGUCAUCACGAGGCUGCCUUCUACCUUCAGUGGAAAUGUAUACAGAUAU